UGUGUAUUACUGGGUGUAGGAGUUUCUAUGUGAUGUAAUUCUACAUGGUGGUCGCUGUAUUGUUUUGAUUAGGAAAAGAAAAGGCUUCCUUAAUCUAAGAUCUUCUGUAGGUUUUGGAGUCAUGGAUGAACAGACAGGCUCUCCUGGAACCAAUGCUGACAACAACAGCCAGAGAAAUGGAGAUGAGAAGCCCCGACGUGGCAGCUGGACCAAGGGGAGGAAGAGAAAGAAGCCAAUGAAGGACAGCAAUGCACCCAAGGCCCCCCUAACAGGCUACGUUCGCUUCAUGAACGACAGACGGGAGCAGCUCCGGGCAGAGCGUCCAGACGUCCCCUUCCCAGAGAUUACAAGGAUGCUUGGGAACGAGUGGAGUAAGCUGCCACCUGAGGAAAAGCAGCGAUACUUGGAUGAGGCAGAGAGAGAUAAGGAGCGCUACAUGAGGGAGCUGGAGAAGUACCAGAAGACGGAGGCCUACAAACAUUUCACCAGGAAAGUUCAGGAGAAGCAGAAGGGCAAGCGACACAGGGGAGACGUCGGACACCAGGUCGCUAACGAGGCUCUUCACGAGAAGGAUGCGGAGGGAAAAGACAGAACUGUGUUUGACAUACCAAUCUUCACAGAGGAGUUUCUCAACCACAGCAAAGCUCGAGAAGCGGAGAUGCGGCAGUUACGUAAGACCAACAUGGAGUACGAGGAACGUAACGCAGCGCUGCAGAAGCAUGUGGAGAGCAUGCGCGGGGCCGUGGAGAGAUUGGAAGGAGACGUGAUGCAAGAAAGGGGACGCAAUGGGCUCCUCCACCAACACCUGGAGACCCUGCGCCAGGCCCUCACCUCCAGCUUCUCCUCUUUACCACUCCCAGGUAGCGGAGAAACACCCACCCUCGAAACUAUUGACUCCUACAUGAAGAAGCUCCACAGCAUCAUCGUCAGCAGCCCCCAAGAACACGAGAAUCUCAUUAACACUGUGAGAGACGUGGUCAACCGUUUGGACAGAUAAUUGGACCAAAUCCCACUGAUCCGAUGGAAUGAGAUUCAAAGCGACAUUAAGCAGAUGCUGGUUUCAACUCGAUGCGUCUCCACGAUUGUGAAUCCUCUGAUCUGUCUUCAUCUCAGUUGACUGAACAUCCUUUAUUAAUCCUUUAAGGUGGUGUAGGUGAAGGUGAUGUAGCGUGUCAUAUUUAUUUUAUUUUUUUUUAAACUGUUCUUGUUGCUACUCUGUUAAACUUUAAUAUAGCUGUAGUUUGUUUUAUAAAAUAAUCCCAGAUGACAUGAGUUUUUGUCACUUACCGCCCCUGUUCUUGUCUAUUUGCAAAUGCUUCCACAACAGUAUCGUAACCAUUAUCAAAUAUGUCAUGUCUGAUGGAAAAUAUUCAGAUUUGUAUUUACUAUAUCCAACAAAUACUGAGGCUGGUUUUGUUUUGUUAUGCUAUGCUGAAGGAAGAACAUGUGCCAUUUCUUUAAUUUUCCUGUGUGGAAAAAGUGUUUGUGUUUUGAAUAAACAUAUUUGCACCGUA